AUGAGCCUUUGCGAGCACUGUACAAAAGGUGUUCGUCACGAGGGCACGCCAGAAGGUCAUAUUGAAGACAUUGGUGGUGUCGAGUGUUACGUCGCUACGCCAGCGGAUGAUCAUGCCAAAGAUAAAGUAGUCCUGUACUUCACAGACAUCCUUGGACACAGAUUCCUGAACCACCACCUCAUGGCAGAUGACUUCGCACAGAAUGGGUUCUGGGUUGUGAUUCCUGACAUUUUGAAUAAUGACGGGGUCACUCCAGAUGUUCUUGAUGGUGGUAAACUGGACAUUCCGGCAUGGCUGGCGCGUCAUGGUCAAGAGACCGUGAAGCCCAUUCUCGAGAAUGUCAUGGCUGCGCUGCGUGACAGCGGCGUCGAAAGAUUUGCCGCGAUCGGAUUCUGUUUUGGCGCACGCCCUGCGAUCGAUCUCGCUUUUUCGAACAAUAUCUCUGUCUGCAUUGUGUCCCACCCAUCGCUAUGGAAGAUGCCUGACGAUAUGGAGGCAAGCGAGAUUGGCUCAUAUAUGCACGCUAAUUAUCGUGCUAUGUCCAAAGCGCCACUCUUACUCAAUACCGCCGAGAUUGACACGGCAUUUCCCAAGGAGCAGCAAGCUCAAGCGGACGAGGUUCUUGGCGGCGGCAAUUUUGAGCCCGGCUACGAGCGGACGUAUUGGGAAGGAUGCGCCCACGGUUUUGCCGUUCGCGGUAGUCUGGAUAACCCCAGAAUCAGGGUUGGAAAGGAAGGUGCCUUCAAGGCUAGUGUCUUAUUCCUCAAGAAGCACUUCUGA